AUGUCGGUUGUAAUCAACCGGCUCAAAUACGCCAUUCUAUCACAUCGAUGGGGAAAAUCGGAACCGACAUUCCAAAACCUCAAGCCAGAAGGGGAGGGUUACAAGAAGUUGAAGGAGUUUUGUGUAAGAGCAAAGGAAUACGGCUGUCGUCUCGCAUGGUCUGAUACCUGCUGCAUUAACAAAGAAAGCAGCUCAGAGCUCGACGAAGCAAUUCGGUCGAUGUUCACAUGGUACCGCGAGGCCUAUAUAUGCAUAGUGCACCUGGCUCAGACCAACUCAUUGGAGACGCUGGAAAAGGACGAGUGGUUCUUGCGUGGCUGGACGUUGCAGGAGCUUCUUGCACCCCUUAGGAUGAGGUUUUAUUACGGUCCUACGUGGACGCCCCUUACACAGAAUCCCAAUGACAAAGAUGACGCGAAGGUUGUUCAAGCUCUUCGCCGCACUACCAAGAUCCCUGGGAACGACCUGCGCAACUUUCAACCCGGGCCAAAUCGUGCCUGGGAGAAGAUGAGCUGGGCAGCGAGUCGGAAGACAACCCGUAUUGAAGAUGUUGCCUACUCUCUUACCGGCAUCUUCGACAUCACCAUGACGGUCGCAUAUGGAGAGGGAGAUCGAGCGUUCAAAACGAUUCAUGGCAGAGCUUAUUGA